AUGAAUGUAAGGCCAAAAAAAUCAGCAUCCAAGUAUUCUUUCGAGCCAAAGAUUCCACAGAGUCAAGAAUUAUUUGAAGUGGAGGAACCUGUAACAAAAAAAGAGUUUGUGUUCGAGAAUCAAGGAGAAUACGCUCCUAAAUCAAUAGGCCAGGACACUCUAGAGCAUUCGUUUAUUCUUGGAGAGCAGGAGGGAAUUUUACUUACCCUUCCCUUUGAUAUUUCCACAUCAAAGGUAGUUGUCUAUGAGGACGGGAGCUGUGGACUAAAGAUCGGCGACAAAGUUCAUCCAAUGUCUACAAGGUUCAUUGGAGAAUCUUUAGUAGUUGAGCACAAGGAAAUGGCGUACGGCAUCGGUAGUACGAAAUUUCAAUUGACUGCACAGCUCGAAGGACUCAAAAAGUAA